AUGUCUUCUACACCAUCAUCAAACAGUUUCGCUUCUCAUGCACUGACCAUUCUUGAACCAGGUCUCACCAUUCGAUCCAAUCAGAAAAUCACAUGGAACUUGGACGAUUACUCUGUUCGUGACUCCUUUCAAAACAAACCUUCACCGAUUCAAUGUUCCGAUCGUCUGAUCGUAAUUCCAGAUUUUCUGUCAUCUGAAGAGUGCUCAUCUGUAUUGGACCAAUGUGCCAAGAAACAACAGUUUGAAUCCAUUGCAACUGAGUAUCCACAAUCGUACCGAAAUUCGGAGCGAAUGGUAUUCAAAGACAAGUCCGUUGCUCAUCAUUUAUGGAAAUUGGUCCAAGAGAAUUUGGAUUGUGAAGAAUUGAGUAGAAAAGUUCAUCCAUUCGGUUUAGAUUCUAAUGGCAGAUGGAUGUCUUGUGGAGUGAAUGAAUGUCUCCGAUUCAGCAAAUAUGAAGAGGGGAAUUACUUCAGACCUCAUAUUGAUGGACAAUUUGUUCGACAUGAUCACGAAAGAAGUAUUUAUACUUUGUUGAUCUAUUUGAAUGAUGAUUUUGAAGGUGGUGAAACUCGAUUCAUGAAACCAUGUAAUCCUGAUGAAGAAGAAGAACAGCCACUUGUUGAACAGAAAGCAAAGGAUUCUGUGGUCAAACAGAAGAAUCGAAGAGAUCGGGAGACGGAAAAGAAGCGAGUCAAAAUGGGAAUACCUUCUUCUUCGAGCGAAACUUCCAAUCAUAUCCAGCAAGUAGUAUCAAUCAACCCUGAAAAGAAGAAACAUUUUCACUUGUUGUACACAUUGAAACCAACUUUGGGAAUGUGUGCUUUAUUCAACCAUGACUUGUAUCACGAAGGUAUGAUUGUCACAAAAGGAACCAAGCUCAUUUUGAGAACUGAAAUCAUGUUCAAACGAGUAGAUUCAUUAACAGUUCCCAGGGACGAAUGUUUUGAGAGAAGUGAAUUCUAUAAGAGAAUUGCUUCAUUGUUUACGGCAAGUGAUGAUUAUGAAAAAAAAGGACAAGUAAGGGAAGCCACAGAACUCUAUAUCACUGCACAAGAUUUACUCAUGGAGAGCGGUAGAAGUAUGGACCAUGUACUGAACAAGUCUUAUUUCCAUUACAAGACUUGUUCUUCAUACAAGGAACCAAAUGUGUUAGAUUUUAUCGAGAAUGAAUUAACAGAACUACCUGAAGAAAUAUUGCUUCAUAUUUUCACAUUUUUGGCUGACAAAAUUAUCUGUACAAAGAUUCUAACACUGAACAAGUAUUUUAAUGUUCUUGGAAGACAUCCUCAAUUAUGGCAACAGAUUUACAGAACGAAUUGGGGAGAGGACAAAACAUUUGGAUAUUUAAAGCAAAGAGAAGAGCUCGAAGUGGAUUGGUAUUUCUCAACCAUUACGAGAAGAUAUUUCGAAAAAGAUUUUGUAACCGUUUGCAUUGAUAUGCGUAAAGCAAAGACCAUGUAUGGCUUGUUUAAUUCAGACCAUGAAAAAACUGUUGAAUCUAUGGUAUCUCAGCGUAAAGGCGGACACUGCAUGUUGGGAAAACACUCAAGUUGGAAAGCUCAUCCGUGUUUACAAUCUUCUGGCAGUCUUAAAAAGUUGAGAACUCUAACUUUUUUUAUUUCACACAUUUAUAAGAAUUUGAAUUUGUGUCUUGGAAGACAUCCUUUAUUAUUCUCACUACCUCCACAAUGGAUGAACAACGAAGAAACCUCUCUUGAGGUAUUAAACAUGAUGAUGGAAAUAAGGAUUCCUGCUGCUUGUAUGGCUCCACGUCAUUUACUGGUAGCUUUGGCGUACCAGUUGCCAACUUGUAUGGUUAUUGAACUGGAUGAUUGUGGAGUCUCAAUUUCAGCAGUCAUUGAUAAUUAUUUGAGUAAGACUGACUCAAAAUUCAUACAUGUCACUGUGGAUGAUAUUGAGAUGACAUGUCCUCAGAAGCUUGUCCAUAAAUUUUUCUAUUCCGAGGACAGCUUUAUUCCAAGCUUAAUUAGAGAAUUCACAUCAGGGAAAGAUCUUCUCACAAAGAAGCAACUGUUAGAAAAUAUUAUCUUGACCGGCAAUUGGAACCAAGAACAUAUCAACCUUAUUUGUAAUUCUCUUAAACAAACUAGCUUGUCACAAACAUGCAAUUUUGUCAUUGGAAACAUUUUUGAUGCAUUUUAUGGAGGCAAGAUCUAUUGUUCUCUUCCAGAUUUUAGAUCCAAGUGCACGUUUUGGCCAGGAAAGGAGUUGUAA